CACCCACUCGGGAACUUCCGGCGACGCUCGGCAAGGCCCUCUCACUCCCCCCCCCCCCCCCACCGCAGCUUCGGGUCCCGGCCGAGCCGGAAACAACCGAGCGGAUCCGGAAACAGCCGACAGGACCCGGAAGCAGGCCGCGCCGUCAUCAGGGAGUGCGGGAAUCCGCCGUUUGAGCUGAGGUGAUGGCGGCAGCUGCGCCCGCGGCUCCAGGCGAGGACCGGCGACUGAGACGGCCGAGGGGUGCGCUGGAUCCCUCACUGCAAGAGGGAUCAGAGGUUGAAGGUGAGUCAGGUGAACUCUGCCGGCUUAGGGCCGAGCUGGCAGGUGCCCUGGCAGAAAUGGAGACUAUGAAGGCUGUGGCGGAGGUGAGCGAGAGCACGAAGGCCGAAGCAGUGGCUGCAGUACAGCGGCAAUGCCAAGAAGAGGUGGCAUCGCUGCAAGCCAUCCUGAAAGAGUCCAUCAGCAGCUACGAGGCCCAAAUCACAGCCUUGAAGCAGGAACGGCAGCAGCAGCAACAGAACUGUGAGGAGAAGGAGCGGGAGCUGGGCCACCUCAAGCAGCUGCUCGCCCGCGCCCACCCCCUGGACUCCUUGGAGAAGCAGAUGGAAAAGGCCCACGAGGACUCAGAGAAGCUGCGGGAGAUUGUGCUGCCCAUGGAGCAGGAGAUCCAGGAGCUGAAGGCGAAGCUGCUGAAGGCUGAGGAGCUGAUCCAGGAGAUCCAGAGACGACCCCGGCUGCCCCCUGCUCUACAUAGCUCUGCAGAGACACUGCCGCUGUCCCGAAACCCAUCUCCCCCACUGGAGCCCCUGGAAGAGCUGAGCGGAGAUGGGGGGCCCGCGGCUGAGGCCUUCGCCCACAACUGUGAUGACAGCGCGUCCAUCACCUCCUUCUCGCUGGGAGGGGCCGGCAGCAGCGCCUCCCUGCCCCGUGGACGCCAGGGCCUGAGCCCAGAGCAGGAAGAGACGGCCUCUCUGGUAUCCACUGGCACCCUGGUCCCUGAGGGCAUCUACCUGCCCCCUCCUGGGUACCAGUUGGUGCCAGACACUCAGUGGGAGCAGCUACAGGUGGAGGGGCGGCAGCUGCAGAAGGACCUGGAAACUGUCAGCCGGCAGCGGGAUGAGCUGCAAGAGGGCCUGAGGCGGAGUACCGAGGACUGUGCCAAACAGAUGCAGGUCCUCCUGGCCCAGGUCCAGAACUCAGAGCAGCUGCUCCGGACCCUGCAGGGCACCGUGAGCCAGGCCCAGGAGCGCGUGCAGCUGCAGAUGGCAGAGCUGGCCACCUCCCACAAGUGCCUGCGCCACGAGGUGAAGCGGCUCAAUGAGGAAAACCAAGGGCUCCGGGCUGAGCAGCUGCCAUCCACAGCCCACCCGGACCUAGCGCAGCGCCAGGGCGAGGAGGAGGCACUGCCCAGCUCCGUGCAGGAGCUGCAGCAGCUGGUGCAGUGCACACGGCAGGGGGCGUGGGCCCGGCAGCAGGCACAGGAGCAUGAGGCUGAGCGCCUGCGCAUCGAGAUCGUGACACUGCGGGAGGCGCUGGAGGAGGAGACAGUGGCCAAAGCCAGCCUGGAGGGGCAGCUGAGGGUGCAGCGAGAGGAGGCAGAGGUGCUGGAGGCCUCCCUGUGCAGCCUGAGGACGGAGGUGGAGCGGCUCCAGCAGGAGCACGGCAAGGGCCAGCUCACAGACCUCCUCUCCGAGCAGAGGGCUAAGACACUGCGGCUGCAGGCAGAGCUGGAGACCAGUGAGCAAGUGCAGAGGGACUUUGUGCGCCUCUCCCAGGCCCUCCAGGUGCGCCUGGAGCGGAUACGCCAGGCGGAGACGCUGGAGCAAGUUCGAAGCAUCAUGGAUGAGGCACCUCUGAGGGAUGUCAGGGACAUCAAGGACACCUGAGGGGCCAGGCCAGAAGCCACUGGUCCCUGUCCCCUCCCACCCUAGGGAGGACCUGUCCUUCUCCUCCCAGCCCCCCCGGGGUCUGGGCUGUGGGGCUCAGGAUGCAGUCCACCCUCUCUAGGCCUGGGGGGCGGGGAGGGGGGGAGGCGCACCACCCAGCACCUCCUCCCAGGAUGACCGGCCCUUCUGCUCUCAGGGAUGACGCGUGGGUGAGGCCCAGCCCCCUCCCAGAACCAAAGGUGCAGGCUGACGCCUGCGGCUUUCUGGCUGCCAUGCCGCCUUCUGGGCCCGCUCGCCCUUCCCCCCCUGCCCCUGCCAGGGGGUCUAGGUAGAUGUCUCCUGCAGC